AUGAUCCUCCUGCUCCUCCUGCCCCUCACUGCUCCUCCUGCUCUUCACUGCUCCUCCUGCUACUCACUGACCCUCCUGCUCCUCCUGUUCCUCCUGCUCCUCACUGCCCCUCACUGCUCCUCCUGCUCCUCCUGCUCCUCACUGCUCCUCCUGCUCCUCACUGAUCCUCCUGCUCCUCACUGCUCCUCCUGCUCCUCAUUGAUCCUCCUGCUCCUCACUGAUCCUCCUGCUCCUCACUGA